AUGCAACCUGAACUCAACAAGAAGCGUAGCGUCGCUGCAGAAGACCUGAUCACAGGCACACUGCUGACGGUGCCGAGGUUCUUGUCAGCUUGUCGCCUCGAUAACAUCAACCUGACGGCACUGCUGCGCUACCUCGACGCCAGCAAGCUUGCUCACAAGCUGCAAGGGUUUGCUCGGCUCUUCGAAGGUCGCGUCUUGGUGACCAAACGCUCCUCGGCCCCCGACGCCAGCAGCGGCAUAAGCACAGCGACUUUCCUCUCUAAGAUUGCUAUAG